UUUAUCAUAUACCUGUAUAUGAAAUUCACAAUGGCCGAUAUAUGCUAACCUUAUGCAGUUGGUCAAAGGAUCUCCAGAGUGUCCUCGUAGGCAAGAACAUACAGGACGUCCACCAACGAUAGAACACUGUGCAUUGCGACCGCAAGUACUGGCAGUACAAGUACAUGUGCCAGUCUCACAGGUUGAAUAGUAAGGGUGGAGCAUACCUAAAGAAUGAAAACAAUAAUCGGGUGUUGAGGAUGAACGUACGGUUGCCCUUGGGGCAUAUCGAUGACAUAAUUGUAUUAGAAAUAAAUGUUAUUUUGAAAUUACGCAUGUAGUGCUGUUAAUAAAGCAAUAUAAUUUCCAAAUUCUA